CGCCGCCGGCACGACCGCACCGCCGCGCGCUACAGGCAGAGACGACAACGCUCGUCCGCAGUGUAACCGCGCGCCGCGUCGGAGACUGCGACCCGUCGUGUGCCGCUAGCACGAGCAGUCGGCAGCACCCUUGGCGACACCGCGAAGUGGCUGGGCGCAGCGCCGGCAGCCAGUCGCGCGCCGGCCUCGGUCGGGCGCACGUGUCAGUGCCAGUUGUGACAGACGGCCAGCGCGCCAUGUCCCUACCCUGCUGCCAGCCGGAGUUGUGACGAGAACAUGCUGACUGUUGUCGACGUGAGCAUAGUACGCGCCUGCGUCACUAUCGUCGUCGCGUUCCUCCUGGCCACCAUGUUCAUCGUGGCCACAAUCAGCAACUCGCUGAUCGUGGUGCUCUUCGUCAGGAGACGCGGCAUGCGAACACUUCCCAACCGCUUUGUGCUGAAUCUGGCGGCCAUCAACCUGGUGUCGACAUGCGGCCUGCUGCCGCUGCUGCUGACGGACCUCUUCCUGCCGCCGCCGUCGGCGCCGCUCUGCCACGCCGUCGACGCCAUCGCCACAUUCGUCGUCAGCUCGUCGGUGCUGGCCACGCUGCUGGUCGCCGGCGACCGGUACGCGGCAGUGACCGACGCGCUGCGCUACCACGCCAUCGUCACCAAGCCGCGCAGUCUGGUCGCCAUCGCCGGCUGCUGGGCGGCCGGUCUGCUGGUGACCGGGCUCUCGCUGCUGGUGCCGGCCGCCGACAAGCACUGGGAGGCGUGCCCGCGCUACGACUCGGCCAGCGCGGCGGCUAGCUGGUACGCGCCGGCGCUGGCUCUGCUGCUGUUCGUCGUGCCGCUGGCAGCGCUCGUCUGGAUGUACGUGCGCAUCUACCUGUGUGCGCACAAGAACAGCGAGCGGCAGAGGCGCCACAGCCUGGGCAUGAACCCGGGCGAGCUGACCGUGCCCAUGAUGGCGGCGAACGGCCGGCCCGUGCGGACACAGUCACUGCGAGUGCAGCAGCUGCGUAACUCCAGCAGCUUGAUCGUCAACAACCUCAAGCACAAGAUCUCCAACGCGAGCCUGUUCAUGUACCGCGAGGAGGGCCGCACGGCCAAGGUGUCGCUGGUGGUAGUUGUCAUGUUCUUCGCCUGCUGGCUGCCGUUCUUCCUGUGCCAGCUGGUCGGCGCGUUCGUGGCGUUCUCACCCAGCGUGGCACACGUCUCCGCGUUGCUGGUCGUCUCCAAUAGCGCGGUCUCGCCGUUCGUCUACAGCUUCCGCAGCCGGCGGACACAGCGCGAGCUGCGCCGGCUGCUGGGGCUGCGCGUGUCAAGCGGCACCGCGACGCGUCCGCUGCGGCGCACGCACACCAACCCCGCGGCCUUCCCGCUGAUGGACACGAUCCCGCCAAGCCCGCUCGAGACGAACCACUUCCGCCUCCCGGCGGCCAAACGUGCGCCGCCCAGUUUUUUAUACUCGCUCGUGCGCAAGUCGAACUCAGUGCCGUCGGUGCAGGCGGCGCUGCUGCAGUCGACGCUGCCGCACGCGCAGCUCUUCACGUUCCCGGAGCCUCACCGCAUCGAGGUGACGGCGGCCACCUGCGGCCUGCCGCGCGGCUCCUUCUCCAGCGAGUGCUCCGAUGCGAGCCAGCAGAGUUCCUGCACCGACCAGACGGACGCCUCCGGACGCUAGCCGAGACUAGCGGCACCGCGAGGCGACCCGAUCUCACCGGCGACGCGCGGACGGCGUCGUCCCCGGCGCUCAUCGGCCAGCGCUGAGGGCGCGGCCGGCUGUGCUGCCCGGGCGGCGCCGAGACGCAGACGGUGGCGCUGGGCCGCCGUCGCCGGCUCCGGGCCGGCGACCGCCGCCCGCUUCUCGCCACCGCAGAGGCUGUGUCUUGUAUACUCUGAGCUCGCCGGCUGCGAGCGCCGUUCUAUUUGUGCUAUUUAUGUGUGGCUGUCACGAUAGUCGAAGAGAAAAAGAGGGAGAAAGAGGGAGAGAGAGCGUGACGACGCCGUGCCACCUCGCCGACAGCUCGAUACGAGAUGGAUUCCUCAGCCCAGUUCGCGGCACCACUCAAGCGAUGCUUUUAACCUUGCAUGUCGUUAUCGUUAUUUGAUGUGUCGGCUAUGCCGAUUUUCUCGCGUUGUGUUUCCCACCUCCUCAGUCAUUUGUUCCUCACGAUGCCAAUACACAUAAUCAUCCGUG